UCACGUUGAGGUGUUAUUGACGGCGGUCAGAGCAGCAUGGCCUCUUGUUAAAGAGCGGCGCGGUGGGACGGGCCAGGAGCACUUCUCCACACCGUACCGUCCCGCACAUCGCACCGGAGCAACAUGUCGUGGCUCUUCGGCUGGAGGAAGAGCUCCGGGUCGCCGCCGGCUGAGGAGCAGACACCGGCUCCUCCUGCAGCGGGGGCCCCGGGGGCACCGGGGGGAGACAAACCUGGAGACAAAUGGAGCAACUUCGACCCGACCGGACUGGAAAGAGCUGCAAAAGCUGCCAAGGAACUUGACAAAUCCCGCUAUGCCAAGGAGGCUUUGGCUCUGGCUCGUAUGCAAGAGCAGACUUUGCAGCUGGAGCAUCAGAGUAAAGUGAAGGAGUACGAGGUGGCUGUGGAGCAGCUGAAGGGAGAGCAGAUCCAGCUCCAGGGGGAGGAGAGGAGGAAAACCCUCGGCGAGGAGACCAAGCAGAACCAGGCGAGGGCACAGUAUCAAGACAAACUCGCCCGGCAGAGGUAUGACGAUCAGCUCAGGCAACAGCAAUUCCUCAAUGAGGACAACCUCCGCAAACAAGAGGAAUCUGUCAUGAAGCAGGAGGCUAUGAGGAAAGCCACCAUUGAGCAUGAAAUGGACUUGAGACACAAGAACGAGAUGCUUCGUGUGGAGGCGGAGGCCAAAGCUCGCGCUAAGGUGGAGCGGGACAACGCCGACCUCAUCAGGGAGCAGAUCCGCCUCAAAGCUGCAGAGCACAGACAAACUGUCCUCGAAUCUAUAAAGACGGCAGGAACAGUGUUUGGGGAGGGAUUCAAGGCCUUCAUCUCGGACUGGGACAAACUCACAGCGGCGGUUGCCGGGCUGACCUUGCUGGCAGUGGGAGUGUAUUCUGCGAGGAAUGCCACAGGGGUGGCGGGGCGCUACAUAGAGGCUCGCCUAGGCAAGCCCUCUUUGGUCCGAGAAACCUCCAGAAUCACUGUUGCUGAGGCUAUAAAACACCCUGUCAAGACAGCCAAGCGUCUGAGAAGCAGACCCCAGGACGCCCUGGAGGGUGUCGUGCUUAGUCCAGCUCUGGAGGAACGUGUGAGGGACAUUGCCAUUACCACUCGUAACACAAGGCAGAAUAAAGGCCUAUACAGAAACAUCCUGAUGUAUGGACCCCCAGGCACUGGAAAAACACUCUUUGCCAAGAAACUGGCUCUGCAUUCAGGGAUGGACUACGCCAUUAUGACAGGUGGCGACGUGGCACCCAUGGGACGUGAUGGAGUGACUGCCAUGCACAAGGUCUUUGACUGGGCAAGCACCAGUAGGCGUGGCCUCCUGCUGUUUGUGGAUGAGGCCGAUGCAUUCCUGCGUAAGCGAGCCACUGAGAAAAUCAGCGAAGACCUCAGAGCCACCCUCAACGCAUUCCUUUACCGCACUGGGGAGCAGAGCAACAAGUUUAUGUUGGUGCUUGCCAGUAACCAGCCAGAACAAUUUGAUUGGGCCAUAAACGACCGUAUUGAUGAGAUUGUCAACUUUGGCCUGCCAGGGCUGGAGGAAAGAGAGAGAUUGGUGCGGCUAUACUUUGACAAAUUUGUGCUGGGACCUGCUACUGCAGGAAGACAGAGACUCAAGCUGGCUCAAUUUGACUAUGGACAGAAGUGCUCAGACAUUGCAAAGCGAACUGAAGGCAUGUCUGGUCGUGAAAUCUCCAAACUUGGUGUGGCCUGGCAGGCUGCGGCAUAUGCCUCAGAAAAUGGAGUUCUGACCGAAGAAAUGAUUGACUCAAGAGUUGAUGAUGCCAUAAAGCAGCAUGCACAGAAAAUGGAUUGGCUGCUGAUGGAGGCGGGGGAAGGGGUUGGUAAGAUCGGAGUAGUCCUCCCUAAGGAAUUGGCUGCAACCUCCCUUGGUUUCACAGUCCAAGAAGCUGCUUCACUUGCCCAGCCUGAAGAUACAUCCCUUACCAUCCAAGAAGUCCCUCCACUGGCCGAGACUGUGAUCAGUAGUGCCCAGGCAGCAACAGCAACUGAACCAGCGAAGGAGAUGGAAGCAGACGCCUUCUCUGAAGAGGCAACUGUCUUGGUUAAAGAGGGUGAAGUUGCUAGCUUCAUCGUUGCAGAGACAACUGCAGUUGCUCCAAGCCUAAAAGAGGCGGAACCAGUUGAAACCAUUGUUGAGACAGCUACUGCUGCCCCAGUGGUGCAGGAGGCUGAGAUCAUCAGGGAUCUAGCGGAGGAGGUUCCAGGGGAAUCUAUAGUUAUAGAGAUUGUUGUGCCUGAGUUGAAGGAUCUAAUCACUGAGGCGAAAGAGACUGAGGUCUUCCCGACUUCCUCUGCCCAAGAAACUGUUGACAUAAGCAAAGAAAAGGCAGCUACAGUCCCAACUGCUCAGGAGCUUGAGGUUACAGAAAUAGCCAAGGAGGCAGGAGGAGAUGCUGUAGCGCAGUUGGAAACACCGGCCUCUUUUGUUGCUCAGGAGAAGGAAUUAGAGGAACCUGUUUCUGGUGUUGUUCAAGAACCAGAGACUACGGUGGCUGCUAUCUCCCAAGAGGCUGUUGUUCAAGAAUCUGAGUCUGAAGCCACCAAGGUUGCUGAGGCACUAGCAACUGAUACACUGCAGGCAGAGGCCCCAUCCAGUGUUGCUGAAGUGGCUGAAUCUUUGGCAACCAUUGUUAAGGAGGCUGAGGUGAUAGUUACUGAUGUUGCUAAGGUAGCUGAUGUUGUAGUAACUGUGGCAGAAGAGAUAGAAGCAGCAGUCUCCAAGGAGAUUGAAAGUAUGGAAAGUGAGGUUGCCAAGGAGGCAAAUGAGGUUUCUUUGGAAGCUGAAUUCGAAACACCAGGUGUUAUCAAGGAGGCAGAGGCAACAGUGGUAGAUGUGGCUAAUGAGACCAUGACUGUGGCUACAGAAAUUGUGCGGGAAUUUGAGCCUAUAACUAGUACUGAGGUUGCUGCUAAGGAAGCUGAAACCAUAGCAGCAGAGGAUACCCAGAAAGCUGAAGCUGAAGUAGUAGAAUCUGUAGUAACAGAGGUUGCCAAGGAGGCUGAAGCCACAGCAACAGAGGUCACAAUGGAAGCUGAAGCUACAGCAGCAGAGGUUUCUGCAAAGCCUGAAGCCAUAGCAACUGAGAUUUCCAAGGAGGCUGAAGCAACAGAGGUUGCCAAUGAGACUGAGGUUGUGGCUGCAGAGGUUGCCAAGGAAGCUGAAGCCACUGCAGCAGAGGUUGCCAAGGAGGAUGAAGCUGCAGCAGCAGAGCCAAUGGCAACUGAUGUUGUCAAGCAAACUGAAGCCACAGCUACAGAGGUUAACAAGGAAGCUGAAGCCAUAGCAACAGAGGUUACCAAAGAGCCUGAAGCCAUAGCAACAGAGGUUGCUAAGGAGUCUGAGAAAGUGGCUGCAGAGGUAAUGAAGGAGCCUUUGACGACUAAGGUUGAUGCUGAGGAAGCUGAAGCCAUAGCAACAGAGCUUGCCAAGGAAGUAGAGGCUGUAGUAACUGAAGUCACUGAAGAGGCAGGCACGGUAGCUAUUCCUGACAUAGCAACAAAGGUUGAUACAGACACUGUCGUUUCAAAACACUCAGAGACACAAGAAAGUCCAGUCACCGAGCAGUCACCUGCCACUCCAGCUGCCAACACCCAGAAGGCUGAAUCCAGCAAAACUGAGACACCUGAUUCAAAUAGACAGGGUAGAGGUGACGACAAACCACAGGGCCACCCUAGUCCUAAGGAAUGAUUUCAGUGGUUAAACAAUCAGUUGGGAUGCUGGAUGAAAAUGUGUGAAUUCUAUAAUGUGAAUGUGUCCUUGUGAUUGAUGUACCAUAUUCUCUAAAACAGGUGCCUUAUUCCAUGUAUUUAAAAGGGAAACAUUCAGUUAACAAGUUGACAGUAACUUUUCAACACUAUUAAAAUUUAAUAUGAGGCCGUUU